GGAAGCAGGAAGCCACAGAGAAACUCAGUCAGAUCCUCAGUGUGGAGGACGGACUGCUGCUGCAUGCAUGCUGGGACACGCUAUGAACGCAGUCUAUGGCUACCCGUCUCUACACCUGCUGGCCCGAGGGGAGUAGAUUGACAGAUCAGAGAGCAAACAGGUAGACUAUAUAAGAACAGCACACUGUAGUUUGGGAGGCUGUCUGGAAGACUCAGAAAAAAUUGUUGACUGUGUCAAAGAGUGUUAAUUUUCCCUUUGCCGGUUUCCUCAAACGACAUACCUCAAUGUGUAAGGGCCUCUCCUCCCUGCCCUCCUCAUGCCUGGAAAAGGCAAAGGAGAUGCGGGUGAAGUUAGGCCAUCUGGCUGAGACGCACCACAAGCACAAGUUCUCGGAUGGAAAAGCUCUUCACGACCUGGAAACUCUUCUAAACAACAAAAGUGGUCUGCAGGCGUUUCGCAGGUUCCUGCAUUCAGAGUUCAGUGAGGAGAACCUCGGGUUCUGGCUGGCCUGUGAGGACUACAGGGUUUCUCCCUCCAAGACCAAGGCCGGCAUCAUCUACAGUCAGUUUAUCAACCCUGACGCCCCGCAGGAGGUAAACCUGGAUGCUGAAACCCGGGAGGCUCUGUUGAGCGUGAUGGACUCUCUGUGUGCCGACACAUUCACCAUGGCACAGCAGAGGAUCUACAGUUUGAUGGCCAAAGACUCCUUCCCCAGGUUCCUGCGCUCCGCUCACUGCAUGGAGGCCAUUAAGGCUUUCUGAACACACACAGUUUACUACCAAAGACCUGCUUUAGAAAUAAGUGCUGAUGAAUCCGCAUUGCUUGACAUGUUGAUUGUAUUUCACUAGUUAUUUUAACAACUAGCUAGAUUUGUGAUUGUUUUCCAUUUGGUAGUGCUGUCCUUGUGCACUGUAAGCGUAAUGCAUGUUUUUUUUGUUUGACACAGUUUUAGAAAUGUAGAUGUAACUAGUAUUACCUCUGAACUGUGUUACAUCCACAAAGGAUUUAAAUAAAUACCUCAUAACAGA